AUGUUAACUGAAGAGUGUAGUGUGGUGUUGCUCAAGCAAUUACCUCCAAAACUGAAGGACCCAGGGAGUUUUACAAUUCCUUGUAUUAUUGGUGAUCGAUUAGAUAUUGGAGAGCUCAAGAGUACUGCCCAAUUUGUGUUUCUGGCUGAUUUCUUUGUUCUUAACAUGGAGGAAGACCACGACAUCCCACUCUUGCUAGUCUGGCCUUUCCUUGCUACUGCUGGUACAUUGAUUGAUGUACAACAAGGAACUCUAACUUUGAGAGUUCAAGGCAAAUCCAUUGAGUGUAAAGUGUUUGAGGUUGUUAAAAAACUGGGAGACUUGAAAGAGUGCAACUGCAUAGAUCUUCUUGACCCAAUUGUACAUGUCAACUACUUGGAAAUCACCUCUAUGGAUGUCUUAAAAGCCAAGUUGCCAUCCUCUCCAUAUGUGAAACACAUAGGCACUUCUCUUGAUGUGCCGAAAUUUAUCAAUGUUUUAUCAAAAGCUUUUCGAAGAUGA